CAUCAUCUUCUCCCCCACAUGCUCGCUAGAGUGGGAGAAGGAAGAGAGAGAGAGAAUCUUUCGUCCUGAAAUAGAGCAAAGUGUCGGCCGUUUCCUCCUGUUCCUAGUUUUGGUACUAACAAUCAUUACAUUCAUUCCUCCUCCCACAACUAACAAUCAGAAGCCGCGCAACACAACAAAAGAGAAGGAAAAAAGAAGCAGCAGAGCAUCUCCACAGAGGUCCAAGUCAUGGGGGACGCCGCCACAAACCAUCCAGUCGUUCUUGCGCCGGGUGAUGUUGGGCAAUCGAACUUAGUCGGAGACACCAACUCGCCCGCCGCGACCGGCGGCGGGUUCGUCGCCCUCGACGUCGGCGCGCUGUCGUCGCUCGCCGGCGCCGGCGGCCCACCGGACACGCCCACGGCAGCCGCACCCCCGCGGACACCCAAGGUGGUGAGGUCGCUGUCGCGGAAGGGCGAAAGGAAGCCGGUCGACGGCGACGCCAAUGGCACCUCCGGUGGUGGUGAGAGGCCGCAACUCUUCGUGCACGUGGCGGCCGGCGACCUCGGGGACGCGAACGGCGCCCGGCUCGUCGUCCACACGCCGAUGGCCGGCACGCCUGGCGGGAAGUCCCGGCGGCUUGGCCGGCGGCCGGCGCCGUGGCUUGACCCCCGGAGGGUGGUCUUCCUCUUUGCCACGCUGUCAAGCGUGGGAACGUUGAUCCUGCUCUACUUCACUCUGUCCAUGAGCAGGACGGGCUCCAGCGGAAGUGGCGCCGGCGCUGUCUUCGAUGCUCGGUGAAACGCCGGCCGUCCAAGGCGAAGAGAUUUCCAUGUUGUUCAGAGAAUUUCCGAACGAGAUGGCUUGCAGAGAUUACAAGGGGUACUGUAAUUCAGGCAUAAAAAGGUGUGGUGCUGUGGAGCCUGGAAGGUCAGAGUGAUCGGCGGUGAGGAGAUUAGGCUGGUUGGGGUUUGAUAGACAAGUCUGCGAUGGUAGUUAUUUCUAUCCUGGUUUCUUUUCUUCUCUCUCUCUCUCUCUCUCUCUCUCUCUCUCUAAUUGCUCAAAAGAAUUACAUGUCGCUUUACAGCGAUAAUACCGAAUUUUCUUGCUGCUGUUGCGCACACAAAUAUACAAAACGUACUUCGAAGAA